GUCGUGAACGGUCAUCGCGAACGCAACUCAAGCCUUCCUUUUGCUGGACACUUCCUGGGUCCUUGACUCCUUCGUGAGACCUUUGGUCUUUGGUUGCUGUCGCCGCAUUCCUGAAAAGGAAGCCAGUCUUCGCGGCGAUCACCGCACCUUUUACAGCCGUUUAUCCCUCACUCCCUCGCUUGUAUCUCGUCUCGCCCAAGAUGGACAACCAGGGGUCUAGCGCCGAGGCCCUCAAGCUCGUCCCCAUUCCACAACUAAAGGAAGACUUCGCGAAUUUCGACGAAUGGGACCACGCCGUGUUCUUUCACCUUUCGUACUAUCACCUGACCGGUUUUGCUCGGGAUCACAUUACGCCGCCACACGAUUACGAUGAGAUCAAUCGCUUGAACGCGGGCCUGAGUUCAUGUGGCGCCGCCGCUAUCAUGCCUCGCAAGAAUGGCCAACCCAAGGAGCAGCAGGAGUUCAGCAUCUCGCAUGCACAAAAGCUUCCCCACGCAAUCAAGAACCUAUGAAGAGGCUACCAGCACUUCUGAUGCUCGACCUCGACAAUGACUUGGUGGCUCCUAGUGGUGGGAAUCUUAGCUGGGCGAGUUAUGCUCAUCAGCUCCAGAACAGCUGUUGCAGCUAGUGGUAGCGACGAUGACUGAUCUGAGCCAGGUUUAAUGACCGCAAAGGAAGUUGGGAGGAACAAAUGUGGUCCUGUAGCAGGUUGGGUCUGGGAUCCGCAACGCGAUCUACCAUCACGAUGGAGAUGCUUCCAAAUACUCCGUUACAGCUACCGUAGCUUCAACUUGAU